AUGUCGUUUUCUUGGAUGGCUGCUCUUCAGACAGCAGAUUUGAUUGUAGAGCACUUUAAUGGCUUUCACACUGUGUCUGCCGUGAGUCGCGUGUAUGCAGAGACCCUACUAAGGUCUCUGGUGGGAGUCCGGGUGCGCGGGGACACGGCCCAGCAGCACCAGCGAGUCCUUCUUGGCGGCCAGAUGCAGGGAAAGGUGGGGGCGGGCAGAGUCAGCUGCACCUACAGCGGGUCUCCCCGUGCACAUCUGGAUAAUCCCUUUUUCAGAGCACAUCUCAUUUCCAAGUGGCUGUUGCGCUGCUGUUUGCCCCCACUCCUUCAGUGCGACAGACAGCCUCAGAGCUGGUGGGGAGACAGCGUGCCGCUGGAAAAAUUCAUAGACAUGGAAUUCCUGGAUCAAAUGAUACUAAGGGAGACUUGCCUGGAAGCAGACUUGUAUCCGCAGUGUACAAACUCAUCCUUUAGUGCGCACACUGGCCGGAUAACACAAACACACAUUUACUCCCACAGCACACAGACUCUUUCCACAGUACACACACUUGUCUUCCAGUACACAGACAUAUCCAAGGGCACACCGACAAGCACCACAGCAGAAAGAUUUUCCCCAGAACACACGGACACCCCACUCCCCGUAUCAUUAGACUCUCCCAGAGGCACAUAUGUACUCCUUCAUGCAGACACUCACCUAAGGCACACUGACGCACCCCGCGUGACACAGACUUGCCCCCCCCACGUAAGGACUCUACUAUGACACACGGACAAUCCCAGCAUCAUGCACUGUUCCCACAUCACACGAACCCUUUCUAGGAAACACACAGCAUGCAGACUUACCCCAUAGAAUAUGGCUUCCCCGACAAGCACACAUACUCUCAAGGCCAGUCACCUCACCCCAGAGCACAUAGACUUUCUCCAGAGUAUACAGCUUCUUCCCACAGGAAACAGACUCUCCCCGGGGCACACAGACACCCCUGAGAUCACACACUCUCACCGCAGAUCCUAGACUCAUCUUAGAGCACAGGGACUCUUGCCAAAAAACAGACUUUCCCGAGAACAGACUCAUGAGACAGCUUGAAGACCCGCAUCGCAACGUAGACUCUCCCACAACAGACAGACUCACCCCAUUGUGUACAGACAAGCACCACAGGCCACAGACCAUCACAUCAGGACACAGACUUGCCCAGCACUACACAGACACUCCCUAGAGCACGUAGAAUCACCCCACAAAGCACAGACUAAACCCAUACUACAGAGACUCCCCCUAUAGCUUUCAGACAAGUUUACCCCACCACAAAGACAUGCGACAGUACGUCUUACAACAUCUAUCACUCCUUGAUGCACAGGAUUGGGCCACAGCACACAAACUUGUCCUACAGUGCACAGAUUCCUGUCACAAAAGAC